AUGGGGGACUCACACCAUGCUUCCUCCGCCCCAGCAAGGAAAGGCGGAGUUCGUUUUAACCGAAGGAAAGGUUCUGAUGGAGAGGUCCCUGUUGAAGAUCGUAAAUUUCUGCGGGAUCAGAAGAACAAAGUUGGGCCAAAAAGCUCAUUUCAGCUCGGCACAGUAGAUCACAGUGCCAAGGUUUCCAAAGUACUGGGUUGGUAUCACUACAGGAAAGAUGAGAGGGAAGAGGAGUUGAAAGUAGUAAAGAAAGUUAGGGCUGCAAAGAAAGCUAUUCCAAGAAUAACAAAUCUGUAUGAUCUCCAGAUAAACUUUGAUGCUGACAGAUGGCAAGAUCUGAUAAAUCUGUCUAUUGCAGCCGAACCUGCUGUCACACAAAUAUUUGAAGAUCAAGUGAUCAUUGAACACCUGAUGUCAGGAGAAUCCCUUGAUCUUCCUGAUUUUCCAUCCCAUGCUCAAUCAGUAGAACGUGCUGUCAAGCUAGUUUCGGAGGCUUCUAGUUCCGUCUAUGGCUUGGAGGCCAGGCACAAAUAUAUCCUGACUAAAGAAAAGACCGGCAUUCUCUUUAUUGGACAAGGACUUGAUACUGUUCAGAGUUAUGGAUGCACUACUAACAUUAAAUUGCCAUUUGAACUUGGAAGUUUUAUGCUGGGAGGAGUCUCUGUUCUUAAUGGAAAAAUCUACAUCUACAAUUACAACAAAUGUUACUAUGGAAGUCUUGAAUCCUCAGAAACAGAACCCUGGGAAGCGUCUAACUGUUUAUCAGUAGGAAAAAGUUAUCCUAGCAUGGUUUCCAUUGGCCACCAAUUCAUUAUUGUGUCGGGUGGUUGGUCAAAUUCGCAAUCUGCUGCUUCAAUGGAACGGUUUGAUGCUAAUACCAAUAAGUGGACAACUCUGAUCAACAAUUUAACUUCCCCUAGAUAUUUACACUGUUCUGUAGCAAUAAGUGAUACUGAAAUGAUAGUUCUGGGAGGAUUUAACGAAGUAGUAUAUUUUUCAACUAUGGAGAAGUAUGAUGUAGAUGGGAAAUUAGUUGCUACUCUACCCAGCAUGAAAAUAGCAAGAGGCGGCCUAGGAUGUACCUUGUACAAGGAAGAACUUUAUGCAGCAGGAGGACUUGGUGGAAGUUAUCGUCUUUUUGAUGUUGAGGUCUACAACAUGGUGACAAAAGAAUGGAGAACCAUCAACUCCAUGAACACUGCAAGAUUUAAUCCCGGGCUUCAUGUAGUAGAUAACAUACUGACUGUGUUUGGAGGGGGAACUACAUAUAGAUCUCUUGAAUAUUUAAAUGCAGCUGGGAAUUGGGAAAUGUCUGAUGAUACUCUUGAGAAAAAUUUUCAAAAAGGAGAUUCAGUUGCAAUAAAAUGUCCUGCCUAAAACUAAUAUUUCAAAAGUUUUUAAAACUUGAUUUUUUUGAUUGCUUGACACUUCCAUAAAUUAUUUGCUAAAAAUAACAUUUAUUUGCACCUUGCCCCUGCACAAGAAUGUAAAUUUAAAAUACCUCUAUACACAUUCACAUCAUCAGGUUGCAAAGAUAUAUAUAUUAGAAAAUUUGAGUUUGUGACAAAGACUUAAUACUUUGUUUCUAUAAUUAGAUUCAAAGAUUUGUUUGCUUUAUAUAUCUAUUUUAUCAAUUUUUAGAAUUAAGGUUAAUAAAAACAAAUUUGGCCCAUAUAAUUUUUAUUUAUUUUAAUUUUCAAAUAAAAAAACAGAACUGAAAAUCACA